AUGAGCCCCGCACUGCCAGGCCUGGUGGAGACAUCCACCAACCUGGCGUCAGUCAAGCCCAUCGGCUCCAGUGGCGGGCGCGCAGCCUACUCCAUCAUCAACACCACGCGCAGCAGCAUCCCCGCCGCCCUGACGGCCGAGCGGUCUCGCAUCGCCGCGCUGGCGCGCAUGGCGGGGGCUGAGGUGCACCAGCCGGGGACCUACCCGGGGUGGGCACCCAACACGCGGUCGCCGCUGCUGGCGCUGACACAGGAGGUGCUGAGGAAGGCCUGCGGCCGCGAGCCCGAGGUCACCGCCAUCCACGCCGGCCUGGAGUGUGGCGUGCUGGGCAGCGUGCUGGGGGGUGACGUGGACAUGGUGUCGUACGGCCCCAACAUAUUCGGGGCGCACUCGCCCGCAGAGCGCCUGGAGGUGGCCACGGUGCAGCCCUUCUGGGAGGCCACCUUGACCCUGUUAGGAGAGCUUGCAAACAGGCGCUGA